UAAAGGGUUAACAGAUCUGUAUGUUGAUCUAUCAUUAUUCGCAGGGGGGGUCGUGGUGUGUGUGUAAAAGGACCCGAUUUUAAAUGCUGACCAUCUCUUGUUUUUACUUCCAUCAAAAUGCUCAGAGUGUCUUUGGACAUGUGCAAUGUCUUAACCGUUUAUAAUAUAUAUAUAUUUUCAUAUAUAUAAAAGCUCCAAAAAUGCAGAGGAAAUGGCAGGCGCUCUCUGAGUCCCACCAGGCUGUCCCAGUUCACACCUUCUUUAAAUCAAGUCAGAUAGAAAACUCAGUAGAAAUGGUUUCAUAACAAAAUAAAUACAUUUCAAUCAGAAAGAUUGCAAAGGUUACUUGCAUUCGUGCUGUGUUGUUACUGCUGGAAAUUACAUCUUUUAUCCAUUCCUAUAGGUAAAAGAAUGAUGCUCUCUUCCAUACCAUCUUUAUAACGGAACAGGCUCAUCGGGUGACAUCUGAUGGCCCAUGCUUCUUUCAGACAAAGACAUUCUAAUCUGGCUUGUAUCCAGGAAGUCUCCCAAUGCCCUAGAAACUCUUCCCACUGACAUACUGAUACAUGCUCUCUAGUUAGGGUUAUAUAGAGCUAUACGAGGUUACAUAGAGCUAUAUGAUGCAGAAUAGUAACAUUGCCGUACACUAAAUAAAAUAAAAACCACCUCUAUCACCUACUUUCUGACAGUAAAUAUUUUAAUUGAUAAAUUGUCUCUCAUGGGGAAAGAUAGGAGCUGACUUGAAAAUACGCAAUGAAUUCAUAACUAAGUUACUGAUAGUUGUGUACAACUCAAAAGCACAUUUAGAUUAAAAAACACUCAACAUAAAAGAAUCCUGUUUAUAGCAGUAACAGCAUAACUAGAGUUUGUCCAGAUCCAGCAACUCCAAAGAGCAACUGCUGUUAAUACAAUAUUUGUCUACUUUUCUGAAAACGGUCAGAAUUAUACUCCCCUAAUCAGAAAAGCCCAUUUGCCCGCUGGGACCAACCAGAGAAGUUUAUCACUAGAGGAGAGAUUUGCUCAGAUCUCUGCACAUGUUGUGGUGCACAUGCAACUGACUCGUGAUGAAUCUUUGAAGAAAGACAUUAGUGAUCUUAGAAAAGACAUUCAUAGCCGGGUUAAUGUCUCUUUCUGCCAGAGGGCAUUCAAGCCCUAAUAGACUGCCUGAAGCAAAUGACACAGGCUUAGCUAGGAAAAUUACCGACCCAUAUUUCUGAACCGAGCAAUUCUUUGCAUUUCGUUAUUUCACACGUGCACGCACGUCAUGUAGGAAUUUCGUCUGCCACAGAAUCAAGGUCGGAAGGAUGUUAUUGUGCGGAAGAUGACCCUCAUAGUUCAAAGAGUUACUUUCACAAGGCUGUGCAACCUAUGGCCUGGAGCUGCAGAUGCCUUGUGGGCAUCAGGUCACAGCUGCAGGCGUGAUGUCACCCUUCUGAGGAGGCCUGACUCAGCGUGCCCUGAUGGGCGUGGGCAGGGCUGCUGCAGGGAAGAUGCUUGGGCUAGUCCCGGACAUCUAUAAAGAGGCCAGGCUGCACCGCCAGGCUGCCUCCAGCCCGGCGCCGUAGAGAUGGCAAUAGAAUUCGAGACUUUUCAAAUGCCGUAUAAUCGGGCUGUCCCGUGGGGCUUGGAUGUGGACUCCUGGGUGAUGCUGGAAGGCCUCAUUCUGAAGCGAAGCAAAGGAUUUCACGUGGAAUUUGCUUAUGGGCAGUUCAAUGGGGCCAACAUCGCCCUGAAAUUCAAACUCCACUUCGAGAGGACCCCAGCUUCUUCCGCCAGCCCCAUCCUGACUCUGAACAGCUUUGUAAAUCAACAAUGGGGGAAAGCGAUCCAGAUGGCAACUCACUUCCAGCAAGGCCAAAGAUUCAAGCUUUCUUUCAUCGUCACCAGCAAAGGUUACAAGAUAAUGGAGAAUGACAUUUUGCUUUCCGAAUUUGACCAUCGCCUUUCACCCACGGCCGUCCGUUUCCUGGGAAUGGAUGGGGACAUCAAGCUGGAGAAGGUGGUCUUCAGCUGGGAGAGGAACAGUGGAACCAGGAAUCCUAGAUUUGGUGAAGGCUGACAAGAGUCAUGCAAAUCAUGCAUUCAGGGUAUUUUAUGGAGUUUAUUCUGUGGCCAACAUCAAAGGCUAUCCUGCUGUCAUUCUGAGGUGGCACCAUAAAUCUCAUAGACAACCUAUCAUGGGUGGGUCUUAUGCCUGUUGAAUUAAAGGAAAAAGUUAUUGUCACUGCUUUUAUUUGGCACUGCAAAAAUAAACAUCACUUGGAUUUUCUGGAUCUACUGCAGCCUUCAGGACUUGUUCAGUAGUGUCCAAAGGGUGUGGUCAGAAAAGUCAAGGUGACCCACAUAAAACAGGCACAGCUUCAAUUUUCUGUCACCUGAACUUGUUCUUCCUCAUCCACACUGAGAAACAUCGUAUUAAAUUUGGGGCUCCUGUCAAAUUGAUCAUAACAAUAAAGCUCUUACAUAGAUGAACACCACCACUCCUUUGGUUUGGCAGCCCUGCCGGUGAAGCAAUUGUGGAAGACUACCAGAUCCUGCGUUGCUUUGGGAUUAGAGUCAAAGUUGAUUAAAGUUCUCCAGAUUGUACCAUUUUCCUCAAACUCAGAAGAAAUUCUAGGCCAAAGAUGAACCAGGGAAGCAAAACUUUACUGAGAAAUGUUUAUAAAUGGAUUUUUCCCUGUAAGCUUUUACUAGAUCAAACGUAUUUUAGAAAAAUACUGCUAGAAAAGGACAGGGAGCGAAUAAACAAUAAAACACUGCUGGUUAUUUCUGAUUCAGCCACCUACCUAAGUCCAAACUGAAUUGAUCCCUGAAACUUAUUUCUGGUCAAACUGGUUUAUGGGUCAUGCCAGGACAAAAAUAUGUGAUUAGUGGAGGACAAAUUGUCAUGCACGUAUACUUAAUUAGGGAGAUUUUGAGAAACAUUUCCCAACCCAGUCCCUUAAUCUACAGAAAAUCCUUGUGGCUUUUUUUUUUUAAAUAAAGUCUCGAGUCUUUUCUAGUGCAUAUAUAGCAGCUUCCUUCUCCAAAUAUUUAUUGAACGAAUAAAUGCCGCUUUUAUUUAAAAAAGCAAACAAACCCUCAGCACAGUGUAUUAUUGCAUAAAGUUCUCCAAAGGGGAACAGAUGUUCAGGUAGGAUUACAAUAUAAACCCACUCAUUACACAUGGCCAUUUAUCCUACAAGUCACCUGGGAUGAACUGUUUUGGACGGCUGAACCGCUGCAAAAAAAUCAAGGCCUGUCCCAUUAAUGCCUUGACUUAUGACCGUAACUUCAGGCUCAACUACGGUCAUAAAUUGAGGAUUAUCUGUAGUAAAAUCUGCUGAUGGUGGGAGGUGGUAGGCUUCUCUUCACUAGGGAUGCUGUCUACCCUGGACCACUUCUCCGUUGAUUUCCUAAGCUUCAGAUCAAAGCAGCUUACUAAGCCAGGUUGGGGGCACAACUUUAGAAAACAAACGCCAGGGUCAGCAUUCCCUGACCACAAUUUGGGAAGUGGAUCAAUCUGGGUUAAUGGACUCUACUGAAUUCGCUUUCUAACGUGCGCAAAAGCAGCCGUAACAGUUUGGAGGUAUCGCGGAGAAGGCAGUGGGGGAAAAAAAACAACACUAGACGUCGCCCUUAAAAAUAUUAUAUUUUAUUGUCUGGUUUCCCAAGAGCAAGGAGAGCUGCUCCUUCAGAAAAGUGUGGAAGUUUUAGAACAGAGUUGAUGGCCAGGAGAGGCAGACAUAACCUGGUUUACUCCUUAUUAUGUCAAGGCUUUACUCUUGGUAGACAGAUCUUUGUAGCAACUGCAAUAAAAUAAGUAAUUAAACUUUUCCCAAUGGCAAAAAAAA